AUGCCACUGCAGACUAAGAAGCCCAUCAAGACCAAUGGCUCUAAAGAAAAAUGUGAGCGAACAUGCGACAAUCAAAAGUUCUACUCAGUUUCUUUUCCGCCCAAACCGCCCCACCCACAUCACCAGUUGACCACCAUGGCCACAAGAUUUCUAGGCGUGAUUCUCCUCGCGAUUCUAUUCUAUGCGACCAGAAUAAUUUUGUUUCGGAAGAAAGCUCCUGGCCCCUUACCCCCGGGGCCUGUAGGAAAGCCGAUCGUGGGAAAUAUCUCUGACUUGCCUUCUCCUGGCACACAGGACUGGAUGCAUUGGCUGAAGCAUAAAGACCAAUAUGGGCCAAUUAGUUCAAUCACUGUCAUGGGACAGACUAUCGUGAUCAUCAAUAGCAGUCGCAUCGCGACGGAGCUACUCGGGAAGCGCUCGGCACUUCACUCAUCGCGGCCAAAUUUAGUAUUCGCCUCGGAAAUGGUCGGCUGGGAGCACAUCCUAGCUAUGCAAACCUAUUCCGAUCGAUUCCGUGCCUAUCGCAAAGCUAUGCAGCCUUACCUUGGCCAUGAAGCUGCCGUCUCGCAAUACAAUUCCCUGCAGGAGACGGAGACCCAUCGAUUCCUCUUGCGAGUAUUGAAAGACCCGUCCAAGCUUUCACAGCAUAUCUCAACUGAGGCAGGAGCAAUCAUUUUGAAAAUUGCCUAUGGAUAUACAAUUGAGCCGCACAAAGUCGACCCACUUGUUCAUAUGGCAGGAUUGGCCCUUGAGCAUUUUGCUAUUGCGGGAUCGCCAGGUGCCUGGCUUGUGGAUAUCAUCCCAUCUCUUAAAUAUGUCCCUUCAUGGUUCCCCGGAGCGAGUUUCAAACGUCUCGCAAUGGCAUGGAAAAAGAACCUGGAGAACACUGCAGAUAUACCAUAUGAUUUUGUACAGGAGAGCAUGAAAGCCGGUAAUUUCAAGUCUUCAUACCUCUCCAAUCUUUUCAAGGUAGAAGGGUAUCCGACUGCAGGGAGCGAAGAGGAAAUCGUAGCAAAGUGGACCGCUGCGUCACUCUAUACGGGUGGUGCUGACACGGUAUGUAAUUUGAAAAAUACUGGAAGACGCAAGGCGCAAGAAGAGAUGGACCGGGUACUAGGCCCUGGCCAACUACCCAAGAUUGCCGACCGGGAACGUCUUCCGUAUAUUGAAGCUGUUGUGAAAGAAGCACUUCGUUGGCAUCCGGUUGCACCAAUGGGUAUUCCACACAUGUCUGUUGAGGACGAUAUGUAUGAAGGCUUUCAUAUUCCUAAGGGCUCUUUAAUAAUGACCAACAUCUGGGCUUUGACCCAUGAUCCUGAGGUAUAUCAUGAUCCGAUGGAAUUCAAACCUGAGCGAUUCCUAGGUGUCGAUGGUCGUGAGCUUGAAAUGGAUCCUCGUGCCGCAGUUUUUGGCUUCGGCCGUCGUGUCUGUCCAGGACGUUUCCUGGCCGAUAAUACCGUGUUUCUCUCCGUCGCGCAGUCACUUGCCGUCUUUAAUAUUACCAGAGGAACUGAGAGCGGAACGGAAGUGGAAGUGAAGCCUGAAUUCCAGCCCGGUGUUAUUAGCCACCCAGUGCCGUGGAAGUAUGAGAUCGGGCCCCGAAGUCCCCUGCACGAAGCUAUGGUUAUGUCCGUGGAGGAACAGCAUCCUUGGGAAGAAAGUGAUGCCCACAAUUUAAAUAUGAGACAAGGUUCAUAA